GAGCCGAGAGCGAGCGAGUGUGGCCGCCGCGGAGCGGGAGCAGGACCCGGCGGCGCGGCCCCAGUCUCCGUCUCCGCCAGCACCAUGUCGGGCAGGUCGGUUCGAGCCGAAACCAGGAGCCGGGCCAAAGAUGAUAUCAAGAGGGUCAUGGCGGCUAUCGAGAAAGUGCGCAAAUGGGAGAAGAAGUGGGUGACGGUGGGUGAUACAUCCCUACGAAUCUACAAGUGGGUCCCUGUGACGGAGCCCAAGGUUGAUGAGAAAAACAAGAGCAAGAAGAAGGGCAAAGACGAGAAGUGUGGCUCAGAGGUGACCACUCCAGAGAACAGCUCUUCCCCAGGGAUGAUGGACAUGCACGAUGACAACAGCAACCAGAGUUCCAUAGCAGAUGCCUCCCCCAUCAAACAGGAAAACAGCAGCAACUCCAGCCCUGCUCCAGAGCCCACCUCGGCCGUGCCCGGCGAUGGUGCCGAAACCAAGGCGGAUGAGGCCCAGGCCGAUGGGAAGGAGCACCCCGGGGCCGAAGAUGCCUCUGAUGAGCACAACUUGCCAUCUUCAAUGGAAAACUCGAUGAACAGUUCAGAGAAAGUGGAAAGGCAGCCAUCUGGAGACGCGGGUCUCGCCACAGACGCGUCAGCAAUCUCUCAGGAUUUGGAAGGAGUGCCGCCUUCGAAAAAGAUGAAAUUGGAGGCUUCGCAGCAAAACUCUGAGGAGAUGUAG